UCCCGGCCAGUGAUCCCAGGGUUUGCACGUCUCAGCCCACGCUUGUGCGCCAUGGCUUCUUGAGGCCGCCCGGCUGCAUGGCCAGCCGUCGAAAGGAAGGCAGUCUGGGCAACCAUGCACGUGGGCAAUCAAUGCCGGCAUUGAGGCCGUGUCGCACGGAGUUCUCCUUCCGAGAGCGCGGGGCUACCAAGCCCCCACGCCGGCACAGCUCGGGGGCGGGACCCAUGGGGCCCACCUUGACCUGGCCCAGCUACAAAGAGGAAACCCCUCCGCCUCUUCGACGCGGACGCCGUCUCCGGCGCCGAGCCGCAGCCGUCGCAGCUGCAGCGCCCGGAGUGAGGAGAGGAAGUCCCAGGCCUGGAGGAAGCCUUUGUGAAGCUCUGCGGACGCAGGGAUUCCCGAGAGCCCAGCAUGGACAGCCGGCAGUUCGACAAGCUCUGCCGGGAGGCUGGGUACAUGGACGGCAAGUUUACCACGGCCGAUGCGGAUCUGCUUUUCACUUCCGUGACGGGCCGGGGCUUGCGACGCCUCCACGCCGCUCAUUUCGAAGCGGCGUUGAGGUUACUUGCAGAUCGCAAGCGCCUGCCCCUGGGCCGAGUUUUCACCAAGGUGAAGAGGCUAGCAGCAGAGUCGGAGAAUCGGCUCGAGACCUUACCUCCUCCGAUUCGAGGGAAGUCUGAGCUCGGCCGGCCCCCAAGGAGUCUUUCCGAGCCGGGCCGGGGCUGGUUUUAUCCGUUGGACAACGGCUGGGUCAAGCGCCAGGGCUCCAGCGAGGACAGCGCCGAAGCUGAGCUUUUGAUGGACAGCUUCGUCAGCUUUUGUUGGGGCAAGCCGGACAUGAGCAACCGCGACUUCCUGCGAUUGUGCCGUGAUUGCGGACUGCUGAGCAGUAGGUUCUCUGCGUUGGACGCAGACCUGCUGUAUGCGAAGGUGCUUCCCAAGGGCCAGCGCCGGCUUACGUUCCAGGACUUUGAGGCUUCCCUGGAUGAGAUGGCUGAGCGGAAGAAGGUGCCAACGAGCUCGGUACGGCGCAGCAUCGCUUUCGCCCACGGGCCUUUCGUGCAAGCCACAGAGGCUGACCAGAUCCGCUUGCACGAUGACAUCAGUUGCUACACAGGCACCCACGUCCACGGCGGCCCUGAGUCUGGGGCGCUCGGGGUGGGCACCGUGCAGCGCAUGUGGUGACAAGCGUGCCGAGCAGAGACCAUCUGCUUUGAGACUUGGCUUCGUGGCGUUUGGCUGCUCGCGGCGAGCGUGGCAGCCAAUUGUUUAAGGCACGGCGAGCGCCUUUGUGCUGGCCGGAAGCUUAAGGUGAAGUCCCCAAGUUUCUUUUCCUCGCAGUCAAAAGAGCGAACCACACAAAUUCAUCCAAGUGACCUAGAGUUGGCGCAAAGUCGCAACGCGCAACCCGACAUCCGGGCCUAGUAGGCCCCGCUUGCAGAGCCAAGCGACGGCUGCCGCUAGACUUUGAGCCAAUGAGCCAAUGGGUGGGAGUUCUAAGCUUUAACGGCUUGCCAUCAACAAGUGAGCAGCGAUCCCCACUGCUUCUGCCACGUGGCUUUGUGCAUAGUAAGGCC